UGGCCUUCCUCCUCCCGUCUCCUCUUAGAAACAGCCAUCUCCAUCUCCUCCUUCCAAACCCUAAGUGAAGUCAGGGAUAAAAAUACCAAUAAAAAAGAAAAAGAAGGAAGGAAGUCGAAAAUGCCGCCACCGCUGCCGACCAUAUCCCUCUCCUUCUCCUCCUCCUCAAUCUUUCUCCAACCCCUCCAGCCUCGCCGCCGCCUCUCGACCUCCCCCUCAACCCUUGUAAAAAAAUCGGCCGUCCGGUCUGAGCUCGCCACCCUCCCCGUCCUCUCCUUCUCCGGCGAGAGGGUCGGCGAGGCCUUCUUCGACCUCAAGGCCGCCCCUUUGGACACCGCCCGCGCCGUCGUCCACCGCGGCCUCAUCACCGACCAGCAGAACGCUCGCCGCGGCACCGCCUCUACCCUCACCCGCGGCGAGGUCCGCGGCGGUGGCAAGAAGCCCUACCCCCAGAAGAAGACCGGCCGCGCCCGCCGCGGCUCCCAGCGCACCCCGCUCCGCCCCGGAGGCGGUGUCGUCUUUGGCCCCAAGCCCCGCGACUGGUCUAUCAAGAUUAACCGCAAGGAGAAGCGCCUCGCCCUCUCCACCGCCAUCGCCAGCGCCGCCGCCGCCGACGCCCUCGUCGUGGAGGACUUCGGGGACCAGUUCCGAGGGGGCCCUAAGACCCGGGACUUCGUGGCGGCCAUGAGGAGGUGGGGGCUGGACCCCAAGAAGAAGUCCAUGUUCCUGAUGAUGGAGGUGCCGGACAACGUCCGCCUUUCCUGCAGGAACAUCGGGACCCUCAAGAUGCUCACGCCCAGGACGCUGAACCUGUUCGAUGUCCUCAACUCGGAAAAGCUGGUCUUCACCAAGGACUCUCUCGACUAUCUCAAUGCUAUGUACGGGGACAGAGGCAGCAGCGAAGAGGACGAUGAUGAGGAGGAACAAGUGUUUGUUGCAGUCCUGAGCAGGUUUGCGAAACCACGCAUUCGUAUCGAACUGCAUGUUUCGGACUGAACUGAGGUGGUCUCAGUUCGUGGAGAAGCAAAACUGCACACAUCUACUGCAAACCGCAACAAAACCACCCGAACCACUUGCAGAUCAGAUGGUUCAGGGCGAUCAUUAUCGGUUCGUGCCCGAACAGGCUAGUUCAGUAUCAGUCGCAUAGGGACAACUAGGGACCCCUUUUCGUUUUUUUUCUUUCUUAUGGUUCGGUGGUUCCAGCAGGCAGAAAUAAAGGGAGAGGGAGAGAGGAAGAUUGGGAGCUUGUGAAAUCUUAAACUCUAUAAGAUGUUGCCACUGACAUCUGUAUUACUGUGGAAGAAUCUAGUUGAAAGUCAUGAUUGAUGGUUCCUUUUUCCUUGUUUUCAAUAUUAAAAUGAAUGGAUUGUAUUGUUAUUAGAC